GGAGGUGCUCAUGGAUGAGUUAUUCCUUCUGGGGCGGGGGGUAUGUGCGGACUGGGACCCAGAAGAGUGGAUAUGCAUGGAUUGCGUGGAUGAUUUUCUCCGGCACCAAUUACAUAUAUGGUGGCUGGACCGUAAGAUGAAAGAUGGAAGCAUCCUAUGGAAAGACUGUCCGAAAGGAUAUGACUGUGUGGACCAAAUUCACGAUACGAAACAUGCGCGUGACUAUAAUCAUCUCUGUGAACCUGCCCCUGCCACUAUCACCAAUGCGUGAUUUGGUAGGGCACAAUCGCAUUACCUGUAACGCACGUCACCUCAUCCAAAUCAUUCGCCAGCCGAUGACUGCUGGCAUCUGUUAAUCCCCGGGAGGGAUGGGUUCUGGUCGACUGGUGCUCACG